AUGGGGUGGUGGUCCUCUCUUGCGCUCGUUGCGCUUUGCGCCAAAACCGCUAUCUCCUGGCCCUACGACCCGUCAUUGACCCAAUACAAUCUGAACGAAAAUAAAACCGCUACAAAUCCAGCCGAUUAUUGGGGAACAUGGCCGGAUCAUGAAGGGAAAUACUUUCCUUCUCCAGAUAAUUGGCGAUUUCCAUUUUACACCAUCUUUCUGGACCGCUUCGUCAACGGCGACCCUACAAACGAUAAUAUUAAUGGCACAUUAUUCGAGCAUGAUCUGAACUCCAACCAGAUGCGUCACGGUGGUGAUGUAGCUGGUCUGGUUGAUACGUUGGAUUAUUUACAGGGAAUGGGAAUCAAGGGCAUUUAUCUCGCCGGAACUUCGUUAAUGAAUCAACCCUGGGGAUUUGACGGAUAUUCAGCUUUGGAUACAACUCUGCUUGACCAACAUUAUGGUACUAUUCAAGUUUGGCGCGAUGCUAUUACUGAAAUACACAAGCGGGGGAUGUACGUUCUGUUCGACAAUACAAUCGCAACAAUGGGUGAUUUGAUCGGUUUCGACGGAUACAUGAAUACCACGGCUCCCUUCACCGUGAAAGAGCACCGAACCACCUGGAAAACCGCCCGUCGAUACGUCGAUUUCGAUAUCGGUCAAACAUACAACGAAACUUGUGAUUACCCUCGAUUCUGGUACGAGAAUGGAUACCCUGUCAACGAAUCUCAGAUCUCUGGUCUGGUUGGAUGUUACGACAGUGAUUUCGACCAGUACGGUGAUGUUGAGGCUUUCGGUGUGUUCCCUGAUUGGGAACGUGAACUGGCCAAGUUCGCCUCCGUGCAGGAUCGUCUACGUGAAUGGUAUCCUCCAGUGCGCGAACGACUGAUCCGGCAUUCUUGCAUGAUCAUUACUUCCUUGGAUAUUGAUGGUUUCCGAUACGACAAAGCCACCCAGUCUACAGUCGACGCGCUGGGAGAUAUGUCCUCCGCCUACCGCGAGUGUGCGCGUGCUGUUGGAAAGGAGAACUUCUUCAUUGCCGGUGAAAUCACAGGUGGUAACACUUUUGGUGCUGUCUAUGUUGGCCGUGGUAGACAGCCCGACCAGAUCUCGCCGAGUCCGACCGAUGCGAUGAAGAUGAGCAAUGACACUGCGGCGCAGUACUUCUUGCGUGACAUCGGUAAUGAAGCGAUUGACGGUGCAGCCUUCCACUAUUCCACCUACCGUGCUCUGACCAGAUUCCUGGGUAUGGACGGAUCGCUUUCAGCUGGUUACGACACGCCUGUAAACUGGGUUGAGGCAUGGAAUUGGACUUUGCAGUCAAACGAUUUGGUAAAUGCCAACACUGGCAAGUUCGAUCCUCGCCACAUGUUUGGCGCCACCAACCAAGAUGUGUUCCGCUGGCCUGCUAUCGAGUUCGGUGUGCAAAGACAACUUCUAGGCCAAUUCAUCACCACCUUGCUUAUUCCCGGUAUCCCUCUUAUGCUCUGGGGCGAAGAGCAGGCCUUUUACAUCUUGGAUGCAACCGCAGAGAACUACAUCUACGGACGUCAAUCUAUGUCUCCUGCAAAUGCCUGGAGGACACACGGUUGCUUUGCGUUGAACUCAACGCAAUAUUACCAGUGGCCCAUUGACAACGGUCGUCAGGGCUGUCAUGAUGAAGCCGUUGCCUAUGAUCACCGUGAUCCUACCCACCCGGUGCGCAAUAUCAUGAAGCACAUGUAUCAACUGCGUGAACUAUACCCUGUUCUUAACGACGGCUAUGUCAUGAGGAAUUUGUCAAACAGCACAAAGGAACUUCAAUACCCUGGAUCUAACGAGACGAAGACCGAAACUGGAAUGUGGUCUGUCGCCCGGUACAUCAACUCCGAAAUCCAAGAUUUGGGAUCUGCUGCCAACAACCAAACCGUCUGGCUUGUUUACCAAAAUUACAACCGGACCAUGGAUUAUACCUUUAAUUGCACAGAUUACAACCAUUCCUUACUUGCUCCAUUUGCAUCCGGAACCACGGUGAAGAAUCUUUUCUAUCCCCACGAUGAAUUAACGCUGGAGGACGGGCCGGUCAAACUUUACUUGGACGGAUCAAACAAGCUCAAUGGUUGUUAUUCCAAUCUCACUUUGCAAAGGUAUGAAUUCCGGGCGUACGUUCCCAUCGACAGCUUCAAAACGCCCCGACCGAUGGUCACCAAGUUCUCUCCCGGACACGACUAUCCUCUCCACUCGACAGUGGCUCCCAAUGAAUCGGAAGAUGUACAAAUCGAGCUCUACUUCUCCGAGGAAAUGGACUGUGACUCGGUGACAGACAAUCUGUCAUUCAACUCCUCCACCGAAUUCGGCAAGUCUCCUACACUCAAGAGCAGUACUGUUCAUUGCGCGACCAUCCCUGCCACAAACACCUCAUGGACUGGAGAAAUUCCUAGUCGCUUCAAGUGGGCCGCGAAUAUCACUGGUGUUUAUAACGGAGUUCACCGGUUGAACUUCAACAACAUCAGCAACUCCAACAACUCUGCGUUUACCGAGUCGAAUGACCACUUCCUCUUCCGCAUUGGACAGGUUGACAACCCGAUGAUUUUCAGCUCUGCCAAUUAUUCCAUCAGUUUGCUUCACCAGGAAGCGAGCAAUGACACCCUUUUCAUCCAGCACCACGCUGCCGGCGCUGAUAAGUACCGAUACUCGACAAACUGGGGAACAACCUUCUCAGACUGGAGGCCCUACACCGGUGGAAAUGACACAAUUGAGCGUCUUCCAUGGUCCGGCACCAAAGCGCAGGAGUGGAAGGGAGAUCAUGUCCGCGUUGAGUACUGGAGUCGCUGGACCGGCAGCAGUGACUAUGUUCAAGAAGGCGACGCAAACUGGGGAUCUGGCCAACGUCGGUUCCCACAUGUCUUCUUCAACGGCCCAUACAACGAGUACGGAUAUGACGGUGGUCUGGACAAUGUCAUGCGUCUGGACGAGAAAGACGGAUACUGGAAAUACCAUUUCACGUCCGAAUGGCCCGCAGUUGGACAGCUCAACAUUUGGGGUGUCAACCCUGACGGAGAGCCAGAUCAGACCUGGGUACUGGGCGAUGUUGACUAUGACAACGUUCUGGAUCGCAUGCCGCCAUCGUCUCUCUCGGCUACCUUGAUCAAUAUCACCGACGCCCCAUCAAAUGGGCAUCUUUCCUGGAAGCUGCUAAUCAACGACGGAACUCAGCGAUACCAACUUGUCGCUGUGGGAUCUCAAUCUAUUCAGAUCGCCAUGUAUGUGCUUUUCUGGCUUGUGCCUAUCUUGACCGGCUGUGGCUGUGUCUACAUCUUCAUGAAGUCCUUCUACAAGGUCAAGUUCAACCAAGUCGGUGUCAGUGAGAAGCGAAGCUUGGCCCCGAUGGUGCUCUUGCAAAAGUUCAAGCCGUUCAACAAUAUGAUGGGUGGUUCUGACAAUCGGCUGUUCCGUCUUGGUGGAGCCAAGUCCGCCUUCAUGCAAAGCACUACUGCGCUGGGAGCUGCGGGUGCGUCGGAGAAGCGACGCAUGGUCCUCAUUGCCACCAUGGAGUAUGACAUUGAGGAUUGGGCAAUCAAGAUUAAGAUCGGAGGUCUUGGUGUCAUGGCUCAGCUUAUGGGCAAGACUCUCGGCCAUCAAGAUCUGAUCUGGGUCGUCCCUUGUGUCGGCGGCAUUGACUACCCGGUCGAUCAAGUCGCAGAGCCUAUGACUGUGACUAUCCUGGGCAGUGCGUACCAGGUUCAAGUGCAGUACCAUGUCUUGAACAAUAUCACUUACGUUCUCCUCGAUGCGCCCGUGUUCCGUCAACAGUCAAAGUCCGAGCCAUACCCUGCUCGCAUGGAUGACUUGGACAGUGCAGUCUACUACUCGGCUUGGAACCAGUGUAUCGCUGAAGCGAUCAAACGUUUCCCUAUUGACCUCUACCAUAUUAACGAUUACCACGGAUCUGUCGCUCCUCUCUACCUCCUCCCUGAGCGCACUAUCCCCGCUUGUCUGUCUCUCCACAACGCCGAGUUCCAGGGUCUUUGGCCCAUGCGUACUGUGAAAGAGCGAAAGGAAGUCUGCUCGGUCUUUAACCUUGACGAGGAAACAGCGCGCCGUUAUGUCCAGUUCGGAGAGGUGUUCAACUUGCUUCACGCCGGAGCCAGCUACCUCCGCGUUCAGCAACAAGGUUUCGGUGCGGUCGGUGUGUCAAAGAAAUACGGCAAGCGAUCUUACGCUCGUUAUCCCAUUUUCUGGGGUCUUCGCAAGAUUGGUAACUUGCCGAACCCCGACCCUUCGGAUGUUGGAGAAUGGACCAAGCAACCUACCAAGGAGGAAGACAUCACAGUCGAUGCUCAGUACGAAGCAGGCCGUGGAGAACUCAAGAGACAGGCACAGGAGUGGGCUGGCCUUGAGCAAAACCCGGACGCCGACCUUCUGGUCUUCGUUGGUCGUUGGUCCAUGCAGAAGGGUGUCGAUCUGAUCGCUGACGCCAUGCCCGCUGUUAUGGAAGCUCGUCCUAACGUGCAGCUUAUCUGUAUCGGUCCCGUGAUUGACUUGUACGGAAAGUUCGCCGCGCUGAAGCUUGGUCGCAUGAUGGAAGUCUACCCCGGACGAGUCUUCUCCAAGCCCGAGUUCACUGCUCUGCCGCCUUUCAUCUUCUCUGGUGCUGAAUUCGCUCUCAUCCCGUCUCGUGAUGAGCCCUUCGGUCUUGUCGCCGUCGAAUUCGGUCGCAAGGGUGCACUUGGUAUUGGUGCGCGUGUCGGUGGUCUGGGUCAAAUGCCCGGCUGGUGGUAUAAUGUUGAAUCAACAUCCACAUCGCAUCUUCUUGUCCAGUUCAAAUUGGCUAUUGAUGCUGCGCUCAGCUCCAAGACUGCUACGCGUGCUAUGAUGCGUGCGAGAUCUGCCAAGCAGCGUUUCCCUGUCGCUCAGUGGGUUGAGGAUCUCGAGAUUCUGCAAUCUACAGCAAUUCAAGUUCACAACAAGGAGUCAACCAAGACCCACCAAAGCCGCAUUCAUACGCCCAGAGAUAGCACCAUCAGAUCUCCGAGUGAGGGACUGAGCCCAUUGCCUUCACCAGGAAUGCAUGCCGCGUUCCCGCAUUCCAGAGAUAGCAGCUACUCCAGCUUCAGCCAGGUCACUGACCUAGGAGCCUCGAGUCGCAACAUCUACAGCCGUGAUGCAGGUCCUGAGACUGAAAAGCCAAAGUCUGGUCUGAGUCGAUCCCUUUCUCUCGGUGUGCGCUCGGGUCCCGGUCAUCGUGGAAACCGCCGUAAUGGUCAAAGCAGCGAAGACUCAGGAGAGACGGACAGCGAGAUUGACGCCAUUGCCGAAGAAAGUGGUGAUGAUGAUAGCAACGAAGAGUACACGCUUACUCCGGCUCAGGUUGAGGAAAGCAGACACGUUCACGCUUUCCAGCGACACGAUAUCCCGAGCCACAGACGUGUCCCUAGUCAAGAGUCUGUGCAUGCUAGGUACAUGUCCCCUCUGGCUAGCCCGGGCACACCGCCGGCCGCCGAUCAGCUUCUGCUGCCUCCUCGAUCCUUCGCGGAGACCAACAGACUGAGUAGUGCCUCUGUUCUGUCGCUCGACUCCGUGGUUGGCAACAAGAAGGACUUCAAAUUGCAGAAGGUCGAUCCAUUCUUCACUGAUGGCAAUGGCGAAUACUACCACACCUUCGAACACAUGUUGGCUGACCUGAACGGGUCCAACUCCGAAGGUGCACUCUGUAUCGAAGAGUAUCUGGUCAAGAGUGAGCAGGAGUGGUUCGACAAGUUCCGUAACGCCAAAUUGGGUCGCCACGCUCACAAGUCACCUACCCCGUCCGUCUUCCGCUCCAAGAACAGUCACUCUCCAUCUCCUUCUUACAAUGAUGAGGCCAUGACACACGUUGCCGAUAGCGAGAAUGGCGACGAAUGGGAUGAUGAAUUCCUUCUCGGAAAGGACUACGUUCCUCCUACCGGACUGAGAAAAUGGAUGCAAAUCAAGAUCGGAGAUUGGCCCGUCUACUCCAUCUUCCUUGCUCUUGGUCAGAUCAUCGCCGCAAACUCCUACCAGAUUACCCUGCUCACAGGUGAGGUCGGUGAGACAGCCGAGAAGCUGUAUGGUAUCGCGACCACAUACGCCAUCACCUCUAUUUGCUGGUGGCUCGUGUACCGCUACUUCAAAUCUUACGUCUGUCUCUCAGCACCAUGGUUCUUCUAUGGUUUUGCUUUCCUCUUGAUUGGCUCUGCUCACUGGGAGGGCAACUCGUUCGCCCAAGGAUGGAUUCAAAACAUUGGCAGUGGAUGCUACGCCGCUGCUUCAUCCAGCGGAUCUAUCUUCUUCGCAUCGAACUUUGGUGACGAGGGAGGUGCUCCGGUCGAAACAUGGAUUUUCCGUGCCUGUGUUAUUCAGGGUAUUCAGCAGGCAUACGUGAUUGCUCUCUGGUACUGGGGUUCGACUUUGAGUAAAGCCUCUAGUCAAGGCCUCUUGACUUCCACCAACACCAUCGCCAGCACCUGGAAGAUGACUGCCAUCUGUUACCCAAUUGCCAUUUUCCUCUGGGGUAUUGGUAUUCUCCUGAUUUUCGGACUUCCCGAUUACUACCGUCAGAAGCCAGGCAAGGUGCCUUCAUUCUACAAGUCCCUCUUCCGACGAAAGAUCGUUCUCUGGAAUUUUGUAGCUGUCAUUCUGCAAAACUUCUUCCUCAGCGCACCAUACGGUCGCAACUGGAGCUUCCUAUGGAACUCCAUCCACACUAAACCCUGGGAAAUCGUCCUCCUCUGCGUUCUUUUCUUCGGCGUUGUCUGGUGCAUUUUCCUCUACAUCGUCAGCCGUUUCUCCAAGAGACACACCUGGUUCCUUCCCGUCUUCGCAUGCGGCCUCGGCGCACCACGCUUCAUCCAGAUUUGGUGGGCUGUUUCCGGUAUCGGAUACUACCUACCGUGGGUUGCAGGAGGACUCACCGGUGGAGCCCUGGCAUCGCGCAGUAUCUGGCUGUGGCUGGGUGUGUUGGAUUCCAUCCAAGGUCUUGGAUUCGGUAUCAUCCUUCUGCAAACCUUGACCCGAGUGCAUAUGUGUUUCGCCCUCAUGGCGUCGCAAGUUCUCGGUUCUAUCGCAACGAUUUGUGCUAGAGCUUUCGGUCCUAACGCCGUUGGUCCCGGGCCAAUUUCUCCGGAUAUGACCAAGGGUGCCGAAGCACUAGCAAAUGCUUGGUUCUGGGUGGCAUUGUUCUGUCAGCUUUUGAUUUGCGCGGGAUUCUUGCUCUUCUUCCGGAAAGAACAGCUAUCUAAACCUUAA